AUAAAAGGUCACCGGGAACACCGGGAAGAUCACUGCAGUCGACUCCGGGCUUGUCUGUAUCAUCUGUACAAGGCAAAGAACACCAAGAGAUCAAAAUGGCCUUCUCAGGUAUACUGAAAGACGCUGAAAUCACUGCAGCCCUGGACGCAUGCAAAGCCGCCGACACAUUCGACUUCAAGAAGUUCUUCAAAACAUGCGGUCUCUCCGGCAAGUCCGCCGACGACGUCAAGAAGGCCUUCUACGUCAUCGACCAGGACAAGAGCGGCUUCAUUGAGGAAGAGGAGCUGAAGCUGUUCCUGCAGAACUUCUGCCCAGCUGCGCGCUCGCUGACCGAAGCCGAGACCAAGGGCUUCCUGAAGGCCGGGGACGCCGACGGCGAUGGCAAGAUUGGAGUUGAUGAGUUCGCUCUCUUGGUCAAGGCAUAAACAUCAACCGACCAACACCUGCGCUGAUGGAACAACAUUGCCCACGUCAAACCUCCCCUUUUCAUCUGAAUAUAAAUAAUUUUUAUACAUUUGCUUAUACGAGACGUUUCCUCCUAUGCAACACACUUGUCCAAAAACAAACAAACUGAUGAUUGUGAAUGUAGCUCGGUCGUGUUCAUGUCUUAAAUAUGAAUUUUGCUUACUGUCAAAUCUGUGAUGCACUUUCCAGGAACGAAGGACAAAAAAAAGGAAUAAAUAUUCUUUUGGUAUGGUC